AUGGUAAAGAAUGUUGCAUGCUUAUCAUGUGCAAAACGCAAGGUACGGUGCGACCGACGAGAGCCAUGCUGCCACUGCAAACGACGCAAGAAGGGAGACUGCACAUAUCCCGAUGUAUCGUCACCUGCCCGCAUAAAGCAGCUUGAAGCACUUGUCCGAAGUCUCGGACACAGUCCCGAGGAAGAGAAGGGUGUUGUGAAUCCACAAGCCGAGACAAGUCCUACAUCACUCCAAUCUCCGACUCGGCCACCUCCAGCUAAACAUGACCUAAGCAACGACCGAAGUUCCCAACGCAUUGAAACAGCUUCAAACAAUGAUCCUGUCAUUGUAGAUGAGGGCGGAGAACGAGUUUAUCUAGAAGCAUCAACGUGGCAUAGCUGGAACAAAAGGCCCAGGCUAUCAGAUGAUCAACCAUCUCAUAAUCAAAGCUCUAUGCGAGCAUUCAUUCCUAUGCAGUCUGGGCUUAGUGCUCUGCAAAAUAUAAUUCACUCCGAUGAUAGCAUCGACCUUGUGAGGAGCCAUCCCACACCUGACAUCGCUUCCGCCCUAUGGAGAGUCUACAAUCGCAAUGUAAACCCUGUGGUAAAGAUUGUGUUCCAAUGGGAGAUUGAUCAGAUGUAUUCAACAGCAAUGAUUGAUGGGGGGUUGAACGACUUGCCUCCUCAGGAGCACGCCCUGUUCUUCGCAAUUUACCUAAACAGUGUCGCAAGCCUGUCGGAAAUUGAGUGUUCAAAAUCAUUGGGCCAACCCAAAAAAAUACUGCUAUCUCAAUUCCGAGCUUUAUUCGAAUGUGCACUGGCCAGAGCAGACUUUCUCGCUCGAUCCGAAGUGAUACUUGUGCAAGCUUCAAUUCUUUACAUUUCGGCAUCAUUAGACGAAGUCAGUACACGAAGCCUCUGGUCUUUCAUGGGUAUAGUAACCCGCCAUGCAGAAAGGAUAGGCCUCCAUCGAGAUGGCACUCUUCUGAAUCUUUCACCCGCCGAGACAGAAAAGCGACGGCGCAUUUGGUGGCAAUUACAACAUAUGGAUAUAGCACUGGCUGUGCGGUCUGGCUCUAUCUCCCUAGUCUUGAUGGCUGAUUGGGAUGUUAAAUUACCCUUGAACAUCGAAGAUGAGGACAUCAGCACGGAAGCGACUGAAUUUCCACCCGAGCGCAAAGGACUGACGGGCAUGUCGUAUUGUCUGUGGACGUACUACAUCCUAGAUAAACAACGGUCUUUCCGGAGACCCGAUGGCAGUCGUAUUGGGGGAUCUUGGCAAGCUGAUCGAUCUUUGUCGCGUGAACAGAGAGACACUUUCAUCCAUGAAAUUGAACAUGGUAUCAAUACCAGGUUCAUUCAAUAUUGCGACCCGAUCAAGCCGCUCGAUCUCUUAAUCCUCAUUUUCACCAGAACCUUCACAUGGGGCAUGCGUCGACUCGUCAUACAUUCGGAAGAAAUCUCGCGAGACGCUUCUAAUGUCAUUGACUUUCAUAGCAAAGAUUUGUUAUAUGCCUGCUCUCGCUGUCUCGAGUACGAUGUCUAUUUACAUUCACAGCCAACACUCGAGAGAUUUUAUUGGCGCGCGAUGAGCUUUUUUCCCUGGCAUGCCUUCGUCUACGUCAUUAGUGAAUCUUCGCGCCCUCGUGACGGGUGUGAAGAUACCUGGGACUUGCUUGAAAGACUGUACACAACGAAUAAACAUCUUUCUCAAUUUACAGACGACAGGAGAAAGCCUCGUGCUGCCGAGUUGGUUCAAUCAGCUUGGCAAGCAUACGAAAGCUCUUAUAUAGAGCGAUACCAAACAAAACCCCCUAGGCCAGCCUUUCUCGCCUCAUUGGAAACGUUGCUAGAUGCGGGCAAAUCUCAUGCCUCGCAUACAGAAAUCCCAAUCUCUUCCAAUAUGAAUACAACUGUUGUAGCUAAUGGUGAUCGAACUCUCUUGCCUAGCUCACUUGACAAAGGCGCAGACUAUUCGGCCAUGGAUUCUCUCUUUGAUCUAGAUCUGACUGAUAUUGAUUGGUCAUUCUGGAGCAACUUAGAAUGA